GAGGGGACGUGGCUGACCCACCCACCGACGCGACGGGCUGGGACGCGCUUUCUCAAGAAUGAACCAGCCUCUCAAAUUCGGCCCACCCGACGUCAGAUCCCAAUUGAACUUCCUCCAUUAAUCCUAUAACCCUCUGCACUCAUCUACCUUCCUGCUUUAACUUAUCGUCGACAUCAAUCUGCCUCCGUGUCGUCAAUUGCGCGCAACCGCGAUACAGCGCCGUGGUCGCUUCUCAAGAUGGCGGCACAAACAAACGCCUGGUCGGCGCCCUCACCACAUAUGCAACCCCAGCUGGCCGGCCAUGAAGAAACAGGCCUGGAGACGCGGCCGAUGGGGUUGAAGGUCCAGUACACGUUCGAUCGAGAAGGCCAAGUGCACUGUUUGGCUAGGUGGCCUCACAUCCUUCAGAUCAGGACGAUCCCGCUUGACGAGAGGACAACAAUCGGCGUGGUCGACCUCCGGACUUGCUUGCAAGCUGUUGCCCAGUGCAGCCCCGAGAUCGUCAACCAGGAGCAGAGCGACUACAGUGUGUAUGCCUACGACUAUUCAGAACCGGACGUGCCCCUGGUAGGGCAAGGAAUGCUAUCGUGGGGCCUGGAAGCCCAAGGCGAGCUUCAGCAGCAACAAUUGGUCACAGGACGCGUCACACGAAAUCUACUAGCCAUUCUCAGUAAUGGAAGCAGAGAUACGCUGGAAGUCAGACUGAAGCUGACAGCCGUCGAGAGAACGGUGCGACGCACCGAUUUCGCCAGCAUGGACCUGACGAAUGGGUUGAAAGUCGCCCCGAGCCCUGCCGACGCCGUGUCGGAAUGGAACUCAUUCCUUCAGUCCAACACCAUGCUUGGACGUUCCGUGGAUGCGGCACCAGUAUCGUCACCAGCGGUACCUCCGGCCCAACUGAGCCGGUAUGAGUCCUCGAUGAAUGAUGCCAAGCCGCCCGACAUGCGAAGAGACAGCUUUUCUCGGCCUCCUACCCGCCCGUCUAGUAUCCCUCCAGCCAACGGGAUGCCACCGAGUGCGGUUCCUCCUGCAAAUUCAACACCCAGUGUCGCGUCGGCUCCACAAAGAGCCCAAAAUCCUGCGGAGAACGUGCCGUCGCCGGCGGUUCCUUCCGCCACAGAUUUUGUGCCCCAACCGCGCCCUUCACGGCCAUCUUCAAGAUCGAGAAGCAAGAAACCAACAGGCAGGCCGAGAGGUCGGCCGAGGAAGAAUCCCUUGGAGACUGGCAAUACAUCUGCAGCCGAAGAGGCUACGGAUGGCGAUGAUGGACCGCAAAAGAAGAGAGCCAAGGUAAUCAGGACUGAAUACAGCGUCAUCGCCCCGUUCGGCUCGGUACCUGACUCCCUGCGAGUCGCUGCAAGCACUUCAAACUCGUUGCGCACCAUGAGACCAGUUGGCGCAGGAAGCGAUGCCAACGCUCCGAGCCAUCUCCAAGACGUACCUCGCGCCCCCACUCCAAUCCCUGACACGUCGCUGUUAAAACAGCAGCAGAGAAGAAGAGCGGCGGAGAACAAAUCCAGGUCUGAAUCCAUGGUCAGCAUGGACAGCAUGCCCAUGUACCAGUCGGUGCCUGGAACGGUACCGGCGCGAACCUUGAGCCAGGAUGCUCGAUCACCGGCGGAAUCAAUUGCGCAGACGCCGGAUCAAGGGUAUUCACCAGAAGAUAGUGUUGGUGAGUUGGGAUCGUCACCACCGGUUCCACGCACCACUGCCUACCUCCAAUCCAGCCCACCGGCUUCGAGCCCCAUCCUGCGUGGGAUACCCACCCACAACAUCGACUCAGGAUUCAUGAGUGGAGGUCUGGACGACUUCUUCGAUGACGAAGACAUGCUGCAACUUCCGCAGGCGCCAAUGCAGGACCAGAUGGCGCCUGUUCCAUCUCUCCCCAAACCCAGCAAGCCAAGCAACCGUAAAAACGGAGAUGCCCAGCAGCAGCAGCAGCAGCCUAAUUUCCCGUUCCAAGAAGUGAACCCCGGUCCCCCGGAGCUGUUGCCUACCAGGAGCAUUUUCAAUCCCGCUGGAAAGGCAAAGACGUUGAACAGACCAACACCGCCGCCCUCUGCUGCGCCCCCGGGCAAAAGAGCGAACAACCGCUCUCUCAAAAGAUCGAAUACCGCGCCGAACCCGGUUGUAGCUCAGCAAGAUCCAUUGCCACAGGAACAGCCUAACACCCAGGGGAAUGAUAGUGGAGUCUCGCAUGCUUCUGCGCCGCCAUACGAGCAGCAGCAGGAACAGGCUGCUUCAUCUAACAAUACCACCGGUCCGACACAUUCAGGUGGACAUGAUGCAGACAACAGCUACUUUGACGUUUCCCACCAAGACUCUAGUUCCAUGUCUGCGAUGACGCUGCCUAUACCAGAGCGUCCUGAGCCGGAACCUCACUUGGCUCUUCAGAUGCAACCGUCUUCGAGACCUGCUUCGAGGGGACUUCCUGAGCCGCCUGUCCCGGCCAGCGACCCCGUCGCGGAGCCAGUUUUGACCUUGCCUCGAGUCUUCACGUCAGAAGCGCCUUGCCCUUCGAGCGAUUUAGACCCGCCACGAUACAAUAAGAAUAUGGUCAAGAAGCAGAGUAUCAAGGAACGGCUUGAAAAUGCUAUUGAGCGGGGAGAGUCGCCUCCAUUUUGCAGCAACUGCGGCGCCAUCGAGACACCAACCUGGCGGAAGAUUUGGACCCAAGACCACUUCGGAACUCCAGGCUUUCACGAGUUUUCGGAUAAGCCAGGAUGCGUGACUGCAGUUGAUGUGCUGGAGCGGGAUGCAGACGGACAGCCAUCUGCCUACCGACUCGUCAAGAAGACACUCGGUCCAAACGACGAAAAGAAGUUAUGGACUGAAACUCUCCUAUGCAAUCCUUGUGGUAUCUGGCUUGGCAAGUUCAAGGUACACCGACCGCCUGACCGGUGGGACAAGGAUUAUGCCCGACUCAAUCAACCGCGCAAAAAGCGCGAGCCAAAGAGCGGCAAUUCAAAGUCAAAGAAGGCGCGUACCAAGAGUGACUCGCAGCCGAAUCCUACUUCAGAAGCAUACUUUACGACGGAUCCGAUCGGCCCAGCAGAUAGCGAGUCACCAAAUGAGAAUUACGAAAAUGGGACAGGAUUCAGGCAGCAGAGCGUGGCCACGGCAGAAGACAAUAAUUUAAACUUGCGGAGCUCCCCGAAACAGCGCUUGACUGGAUCGACUCACUCGAGGGGUAGUGGAACAGCGGACAGCCCUAUCGCGGUCGAGGACGAUCUGGGAAGCACAAGGAGGCUACUCUUCCCGUCACCCAGAAAAGAUGGAGUACCCAAGGUGCUCGGGGAGCUUGCGAUCAACACGCUCCACACAGCCACGCAUAACGAUGCCCGAGAGGCCAAGUCCGCAACGGCAGGGAAGGAGAACACUACAAGAUCGGAGCGUCUCGGCACCCCGACUCUCGACGACCACGGCGAGCUCGACCAAGAACUCUUUGGCACUCCUCCCAAACGCCCGUCCACUCCGCCUCCGAAGGCUUCUGCAGCCCAGGGAUCGUUCAAGACGCCGACCCGUCCGACCCCGAGCCAUCGCCCCAUAACAAGGAGCAUCUCGCGGUCGAUCCGGUCGAUCCGAACCAUGCCCAAAUCCCCCGGAAGCCAACUCGCGCUCGCGCUCGCCCAUCUCCAACGAACACCCUCCAGAACCCCGCGCUCCAGCGGCAGUAUAGGCCGCCGCCGGAGCCCGCGCCAUAACCAGCACGCACAUUUUGCCCUCGACGAUGUCGUACUCGACAACGACGGUUCCGCUAAUGGCGUCGUCUUGCCGUUCGACUCGCCCUUCACGGCCACGCUGAACCAGCUGCUGAGCGAGGCCAACGAGUUCACGGCCGAUUCGCCGUCUCACGGGCUGAAACACCUCGUGACCGAUCUGAGCAAUCUUCCGUCGCUUGGUGAUGUCGCGGAGGGAGCGGGGGCCGCUAUGGGCCAGCAUCAUCAUCAGCAGCAGCAGCACCAGCAGCAGCAUUCACUUGAUGCGACCAACGGCGGUGCGGCGUCAGACGGACUCUGGGAGCUUUUCGAGCAUCGGUUCAGUCAUACCUAAUCUCUCUCGCCGCGGCCGCCGGGCCGUUGUUUUUGUUUUGUUGAGGCACACUAGAUGCUACCUAGCUAGGUGUGAGGUGGGCUAAUGCGGGUGAGGGGGUUUACAGGAGCUUCUGGGUGGAGACGCGAAUGCUUCGUCAGCACACGAGCUUUUGUUCGCUUUUGUUUUCCCUGAUGCUCUGCGUUCUGUCUCGUCUUUUUGUUAUUUUUAUCCUCUGUUGAUUUUAUUGCUGCCUUAGCCUUGUUUGCCGUGGAUCAGAUGGCACGGCA